AGCACUAGACCAGCGGAUCUGGCAGCUGCACCGAACAUCCGGGCCACAGCGAGCUCGGCGGCUCCGCCUCCCAGUAACCUGGGCAACCGCUCCGAAGUUCCUCCCCCACUUCCGGGUUUAGGCUCUGAUGUCCCGCCCCACGAGGGGUCGCUGCUUCGCGUCCCGCCCUCCUCGCCAGGAGUCAGUGGGUAGGGGUCGGGCUUGAAGUCGUCGCUGCAGGACGGUUCUUGUGUCCCCGGACGCAGACCAUGGAGAGCGCGCUGGCGGUGUCCCGGCUGCCCCCGCAUGAUCCGGGGACGCCGGUGCUGUCGGUGGUCGACAUGCACACGGGCGGCGAGCCCCUGCGCAUCGUGCUGGCUGGGUGUCCGGAGGUGUCCGGGCCCACCCUGCUGGCCAAGCGGCGCUACAUGCGCCAGCACCUUGACCACGUGCGGCGACGGCUCAUGUUCGAGCCCCGAGGGCACCGGGACAUGUACGGGGCUGUCCUAGUGCCGAGCGAGCUGCAGGACGCGCACUUGGGCGUCCUGUUCCUGCACAACGAGGGCUACAGCUCCAUGUGCGGCCACGCAGUGCUGGCGCUGGGCCGCUUUGCCUUGGACUUCGGGCUUGUGCCGGCGCCCGCUGCGGGCACCCGCGAGGCCCGCGUCAACAUCCACUGCCCGUGUGGGCUGGUGACCGCCUUCGUGGCGUGUGAGGACGGCCGCAGCCACGGCCCGGUGCGCUUCCACAGCGUCCCGGCCUUUGUGCUGGCAACAGAUCUCAUGGUGGAUGUUCCCGGACAUGGAAAGGUGGUGGUGGACAUUGCAUAUGGCGGUGCAUUUUAUGCAUUUGUUAGUGCUGAAAAGUUAGGACUAGACAUUUGUUCUGCAAAGACCAGGGACCUUGUGGAUGCAGCGAGUACAGUAACAGAGGCAGUGAAAGCUCAGUUUAAAAUUAAUCAUCCUGAUAGUGAAGACCUUGCCUUUUUAUAUGGAACCAUAUUAACAGAUGGAAAAGAUGCUUAUACCAAGGAACCAACCACCAACAUUUGUGUUUUUGCAGAUGAACAGGUUGACAGAAGUCCCACUGGCUCGGGAGUGACAGCCCGAAUUGCUUUACAGUAUCACAAAGGGCUUCUGGAACUGAACCAGAUCAGAGCCUUCAAAAGCAGUACCACUGGCUCAGUAUUCACAGGGAAAGCUGUGAGGGAAGCGAAAUGUGGUGAUUUUAAAGCUGUUAUAGUGGAAGUAUCAGGACAAGCCCACUACACGGGUACAGCAAGCUUUAUAGUAGAAGAUGACGACCCACUGAGGGAUGGAUUUCUUCUCAAGUGACUUCUUCCAUGAUUUUGAGGGCUUUCUUUUUAAAGUAAUCAUUAUCCAUAAUGAUUGUUUUCUCUAAAUUAGGUGAAAACCAAUAAUCAAAUUAUACAUAUAAACUAAUUUUCUUUCUAAAAUACUACCCUGUGACUAAAUAUAAAGUCAUUAUACCUCAUAUUUGCAACUGUAUUUUGGUAUAAAUAUCACUUAUGUCUAGCAUACAAAAUGCCAGAAAUGCAGUCUUUUUCUCAUGAUUAACAUAUCAGGUAAAAUUAAAGCAGUAGUUACUUUUAAAAUAUUGCUCUAUGGUAAUUACUAUUAAUAUCAUAUUUUGUUUUAAAGACUCUUUGAAUAAUA